AUGGCGAGACUUGUGGUGUAUAGUAGCGAUGAGGAGUUUCCGGAUGUAAACGAAGUAAUUCGAGGAAAAGCGAAAACGAAAACAACCACAAAAUUGACGACAUCUCGAAAAGUGUCGGAGGAAGCAGUUGGGAAAGUCGACCGCAGUGGACCAGCGAAAAGUUGUUCAAGGAAGGAGAAUGGAUCGAUUGGUUCAAAUGUCAAGGGACUGGAGAGCGAUGAGAUAGAUGGAUCUGAGAAUGCAAAACCUAAAGUUAGGCGGCGCAUGUUGAAGCUGAAUUCGGAUAAUCCACUUUUAAAACCAUUGGGCACGAGUUUGAAAAAGUCAAGUGUAGAGCCCAGAAUAGCAUCAGCCUCAAACUCAGCUAUGCCGAUGUCAAAGGUAUUGGAAGAAGAACCAAGAAAGAAAACGACCACUCGGAAACCUAGGAUACCGGACAAGGAUGAGGACGAGGAGCGAAAAGCAAUGGCUUGGCAACCUAAGAAAUUGGAAUCGGAUGUGGAAGACGAAGAAGAUGGUUCAGAUCUAUCGGAUUUUAUCGUGGACGACGAUGAUGAUUCUGAUGUAUUCAAAACACCACCAAAAUCAACCCGGAAAUUGGUUAAAGGUCGCAGGACAGUGGUGGAGGAGUCCAGUGAUACUGAUACGGAAGAAGAGAUCCUGCGCCAGCUUCUGGAUAGGACUUCAAUUCAGGACAAAAAGAAACCCCGUGAACUCAAACCACCUGAGCUCAAACCGCCAAAGAGAUCCGGGAAAGUCGAAAUCCGACCAGGAACAUCUUCCAGUUUUGAUGACAAUGGAGCUGUUCUACGAUUUUCCCCAUCACCCAGAAAAGUGUCCAGGGAAGUGCGACUAUCAACUCCUCCAGGAAGCCCAGAACUCAAACCUCGAGGACUCACAUCACCCAAAAAGCUACCACGUAUCCCAUCUACACCACAUCGUCCAAGUAUGGAUAGUUUCUGGUCACAAGAUCUCGUCAAUGACUGGAAUGACCAGUAUUCUCCAAUGAAGACCCUCCAACCUAUUCCCAAGUCCAAACUCCAGCCUCCUUCGACCUCUGGGGGCACUCUUCUCUCCAAGAAAGCUAGUUUCACUAAACCUCCCCGCAUCGAUAAGGAAUCUAAAAAGGCUUUCUCCACAGCGAAGCAUACCAUCGCAUCAGACUUUCUCGCCGAACUCGACGCAAAGAUAACAUCUGGCCGUAUAGCUCAACUAUCCGCCUCUACAGGCGGCGUCCAAAUAGUCUGGUCCAAAAAACUCAACACCACGGCCGGACGCGCAACCUGGAAGCGUGAAACUGUCAAACUUCCUCCCUUAAGCACAAAUUCCAAACCAGUUCCCACCCAAUACUCUCACUACGCGUCCAUCGAGCUAGCCGAGAAAGUAAUCGACGACGAAAAUCGACUACUCAACGUCCUUGCCCAUGAAUUUUGCCACCUAGCCAACUUCAUGGUGUCCAACAUAAAAACCAAUCCCCACGGCAAAGAAUUCAAAGUCUGGGCUGCGAAAUGUUCGGCGGAAUUUGGGGAUCGCGGCAUCGAAGUCACGACUAAGCACAGUUAUGAGAUUGACUACAAAUACGUAUGGGAAUGUACGGAACAGGGAUGUAGCACGCUGUUCAAACGGCAUUCGAAGAGUAUUGAUGUGCAGAAACAUCGCUGUGGUGCAUGUAAGGGUAUUUUGAUACAGAUCAAACCCGUGCCCCGGGGAAAGGCGGCGGGGAAGGGGGAGAAUGAGUAUCAGGUUUUUGUAAAGGAAAAUAUGAAGAGGAUUAGGGAGGAGAAUCCGGAAAGUCCGCAGAAGGAUAUUAUGGGGUUGAUGGGGAAGAGGUAUCAGGAGGUUAAGGCUAGUAAGGCGGCGAAGGCUGCCGGGGAGAAGGGGGAUUCCGAGGAGAGUAAACCCGAUGAUGGGGACGUGGAAAUAAUUUCGAGGACGCUCAACUUCCUGGAUUUAACCACUCCUUGA